CAAAGUUUCCGGAUCAGCAUGCUCUAGUAAACAAAGGCCGUCCGUCCAGUGCGGCGCUGACUCCCGGUCAGUCCCAUCAUGUCCCACUGCUGACCGGGUCCACUCUGAGUCUGUCACCCCGGGCGGAGGGAUGUCCACCGCGCCCCGGAGCUCCACGCAGCGGCUCUCACAGGUGGACUAGUCAGACAGGUUUGGACCGGGAGCCUUUUGUUCACGUUGUCUGAAGGCGAUGUAGCCAUUGGAAAGAAAAGUUAUCAUGACAGGAGCCUUGGCCGUAGCCCUUCUACUACUGUAUUCCUCCGCGACAGUGGCGGUUUCGGGUGAUGGUUCCCCCGACACGGCCCUGACAGCCGCACCGGGAGACGUCGCUCUACUUCCGUGUUACUCCGUGGGAAACGUGACACCGACCGUAACGACGUGGGUGAAAAAUGGACGAGGGCUCAUUAGCGGCGGUGCUUCGGUGGACAUCCCCACCGGCCCCACUCCGGCCGGACAGCGGCUUACCGUGCUGCAUGACGGAAGCCUGAACAUCCGGGAGGUGAGGCGUGGGGAUGAGGGCACCUACCUGUGCGCCUCCACGUUGCCCGGAAACAACACUUUCCACGCACGCGUCCAGCUGCAAGUAGCCAGUGGACCUGAAAAUCUCUCCAUAUCCAUUCGUCCUACCUCUGCUCUGCCCAAUGAGACCCUUUUCACCACUCGGGGCUCCAGCGUCUCCUUCAACUGCUCCGCGUCCUCGUACCCGUCUCAGCUACUGUCCUGGGCCUUCAGCGGACGCUUUUACAGCAACACGUCCCUGGCUGCUAACAACGGGUCCUGGCUGGACAUGAAAAUUAAAGACAUUCAGCCCAGUGCUCAGGGGGUCUACACCUGCAGGGCCCACAACAACAUCUCCCAUCAGGCUGUCAACAAGAGCACACAGCUGUUGGUCUACUACGUCCCAGACAGACACCCUGAGUGCAUGUGGACCCCGGCAGCAGACGAAUCCUCCGUCCAGUUUACCUGCACCUGGUUCGGGACGUAUCCCCUCCCAACUCUGAGCUGGGAGGAAGACGGGGCCGAGAACACAGGAGCUCAGUCGAAAAGUAGAGUUUACGCUUCAGAGGUGACGAACAGUCUGUCGUUGGUGCUGAACCGCACCCUGCUGUCGGACGGCCAGACGCUGACAUGCAGAGCCCAUCACCCAGCACUGGCAGCAGGGAAAGAGGCGUCGUGUUCGUUUACCCUCAAGCCUCCAUACCCAGAAGGAGACCCCCUGGCCACAGCUCUGGAGGACUCCAGUAAAACUCUGACCUGCAGCGAGUCCACAUCCAAACCCCCCGCCAGCACCACCUGGAGGAAGGGGCUCCAGCAGGACGCCAUUGUCUACGGAUCAAAGUACCUACUAUCUGAGGACGGGCCCACCCUCAGGCUGACCAUAGUCAAUGUCAGCAAGGACGACGAGGGCGUUUACUUCUGCCGCAGUGAGAACCCGCUCGGCGUUCGGGAGCUGGAAGUCUACCUCACUGUCAAGACCUCCUCCGCGUACACGGGAGCAUUUAUCGGCGUCUUCAUCGCCGUGCUGAUCGUGGGGUCGGCCGUCAUCAUAGCCAAAACCGUUUACUCCAGCCGACACAAAAUCUGCCUGGGAGGUGGUUUUGGGCAAAUGGAUGAGGACCGUGGAGACGUUCUGAGUCUGGUGGACUCCGACGACGAACAGAUCUUUCAAGACUCUGUCCCACGACUUCCUCCGGUUACCACGACAACAAACGGACGCCACACAACGCUCGUCCAGAUCCACCGAAUCCCAUCCAGUGAUCAUGAGGACGCAGAUCCCACAGACGCCAGUCCACAACAGCAGGACGACACUGAACUGACAGAAGAGCCAGAGGAUCUUGUAACAUUUUAGGAAACGGGUGGUUUUAGAUUAACAAAAAGUUUUUAUUUUAGGUGAAUAACAUUUACUCCCAAUGAGAAUGUGAACAGAACUGGUGUCAAUGCUGUAAAAACACAUGAUUUCUUUAAAAAAAUCCUUUAUUUUUUAACAGGGUUGUGAUUGUUUUUUUGUUGUUUUUUAUGUAAAGUUACUUCUAGAAUUGAUGUUUGUUGAGCAUUUUGGACAUGUUCAGUCUGAUGUAUAUAAAAGGAGUUUAAAACAA